AUGUUCGGUUUCCACCGUCGCACCCGGUCCUUGAUUCCGGUCAAGGACCUGGCCAAAUAUGAGAAGGUAGCUGGUAUCGAGGAGCAGGAGUUUAUGACCGACGAGGACGAGUACGACUCGGAAGUGACGGAUCCCACCGGCACCAACCACACCCAACUAACCUGGAUCUACGUCGUCUUCCUCGCUGAAGCCAUCAUGGCGUCCAGCCUGCAGCCUCAGCUCAAGAUGCUCGUCUCCAGCAACGAACAGUAUUGCAGCACGCUCUCCGACUCGUAUCUCCGCAGCAUCCUCGACUGCGCCUACGCCUUUGGCGCUGCCGCCGGCAUUCUCUGGGGAUAUCUUGCCGAUCGCGUAGGACGAAGGACCGUUGCGCUGGUGGGCUUGUACGGCAUGUCGGCCUGCUGCCUGUCCAUGGGUUUCGCUACUGAUCUGAUUGCGUGCACCAUUCUCCGUUUCGUUGCCGGUCUCGUCAGUUCCGCCGUCGUUGUCAGCACACUUGCCAUGCUCGGAGACGUCAGCCAGAGCCCGGAGGAGAGGACGAAGAACGUAUCCAGGCUGCCGAUUGUUGGCGUGUGCGGAUCCAUCGGCCCAUUGAUCCAGGGUAUGGUCGCAGGAAGUAUCAAGGCUCAUGGCGCUAUUUGGGAGAAAUUCCCAAUCCUUAGCAGCCAGAUUGCUUGUGGCAGCUUGGUUUUCGUCAUUACCAUUGCUGCCACUUUCAUUCUCAAGGAGACGCUUCCCCAGACUUCCAAUUCUGCUGACGAGUCCGACAUGGACUGCGAGAAGGCUGCUUUCCUCGGCCAACCUCUUCCAGACGAUUCCUCCGACAUGCCUUCGAUCCGCAUCGUCGACUUCACCCGUCCCGAGCCCAUCUCCAUCGCUCAGUUUCUCCAGGCACCUUCCCUUAUUGUCCUCAUGUGCUCUUUCUGCUUGCUCUCACUCCAUGCAUCUUCCUUUGACGUCGUCCUCCCGCAUCUGGGCCACAGUAGCUCCAUGCAUGGAGGGAUGGGCAUCCCCUGCGACUGGCUUGGUUUGAUACUGCUGGCAGUUCGCGCCAUCGCAGGGGCCAUCAUCCUCCAUGCUGUGCCGAAGAUCAUUGAAAGAUUUGGUCUUCUGCGACCGUUCCGCUCCUGCGCGCUCUUCUUCCCGGCUCUUUACAUCAUCACGCCGCUGCUGGCGUUCCUCACCAUGUGCUCGACUCCGGUCACGGCCGUCAUCUCCAGUGCGGCCAUCAUGAUCAAGCAUCUUCUUGCCGGAGGAGCGCAGGUGCUGGUCAUCUUGCUCAUGCUCAACGUGGCGCCCGACGCGUUUUCGGCGGGCACCGUCAUCGGGCUCAUGCAGGCGGCCUCUCUGUUCAAGGCGCUCGCGGUGGCCGUCAGCGGGGCAAGCUUCUACCUCAGCACCGACUACAGCGUGGCAGCAACGAACUAUGCGCUGUGGACCAGCCUUGCCGUGUUUGGCGCGGCAGGUGCUGGGCUGGCGUGGUUUGUGCGCGAGCGGCCGAGCGUCGAGAGAGACUUUCCGGCGGAGGUGCUUUGCUGGGAAACGUGCUUCGAUGCCGAGGGGGAGCAGCAGGGGUACUAA